CCCUUAUAUCAGGUGUCCUUAACAGAAUCCUCCUUACAUCAAAGUUCCUAUAACAGUACCUCCUUACAUCAAGUGUCCUCACCAGAGUGCCCCUUAUAUCAACUGUCCUCAUCAGAGUGUCCCUUACAUCAACUGUCCCCAUCAGAGUGCCCCCUUACAUCAACUGUCCCCAUCAGAGUGUCCCCUUACAUCAACUGUCCCCCAUCAGAGUGUCCAUUUACAUCAACUGACCCCAUCAGAGUGCCCCUUAGAUCAACUGUCUCUAUCAGAGUGUCCCUUACAUCAACUAUCCCCAUCAGA